AUGCCGACAUCGACCGUGGCCGAGAAAGACGCGACCCUGUUUGCGGAAGAAGCCCGGCUGCAAUCGACCCACGCACAAGACAUCGAAGACACGCGCAUUCUCGAUGGGCUCCUCUUCGUUCCACCGUCGCUGCGUCAUGAUUUCAAACGCGAUGCGUCAAACACAAGCGAUGCCGUCACGGCUGCUCGGUAUGCUCGCAGUGCCCGGCUCUUCUUCCAUACGAACCAACACCUACGCGAGAACUUGUACCCAGCCGAUGUCGAGGCCAUGAUCGGUGCCAGAGUGUACUACGAACGCGCUCUUGUGAAACUAGCCGAAGUCGAGGCGAAGGCUGGGUCCAUGACGCUGCUACAACUCCAGCGUCAGGUCGUUUCACUCGUGCAGCAAUGUCUCAAGAAUGGCCAGUGUGACAUCUACAUUGCUCUUGUGCAGCCCAAACGCACGCAUCUUCUUUACAGCGCCUGUUCCACCCAUAGCCGCAUGAUGGGCAAGCAACUCCUUGCGUCGGAAGGAGUGAGUUUUCAAAGCGUGGACAACCAAGUAGUAGUCGUGUGUGAAGAUAUUGCCCACGAUCCCGUCGUGAAGUGUUACAGCGACCAUCGAUGCGGCCCGUUUGCUUGCUUUCCACUUGUCGGACGGGGAAACCGCCAUCGUCGUGACCAAGAGUCCAAUCCCCUACAGCAUGCUACACCCUCCAGAGAUAACAACCACGUCACACCAGCUACCACAUCUAACACAAGCAAGAUCACGACAUCAGCUGCCAAGGAAUCCCCUCCAAAACUCAAUGUAGGAAGUUCUGACGUGAUUGGCGUCUUGGCUGUCGACGCAUCUCGGAUGGCAUGGAAGUAUUCCGCUGCAGCUAUGACCGUAGCUCAAGUGGCGGCCUUCUUGGUGGCCUAUGGCCUAGCGGAUUGUGUCGCAACAUUCCAAAAACACCGAAUAGACGGCGGUAAGCUCCUCGCGCUCUCGGACGUUGACGUUGAGUUUACCUUGGGCAUCCACCGCGUCGCGAGUCGGAGUAAGGUGCUGGAACUCGUGGGGGCUUUAAGGGACGGAGUGCCCCUACACCUCCCCGACCCGCCCACGUGGUUUGUGCACGAACCGCCGUCGAUGGCGUUCUUGGAAGAAGUGGCCACCCGCGCCGGCAAAGUGUUUGCGCGCGCCCGCGUCCGCGACUGGCACCGGAAGCUGGGGGCUGUGACUAAAGACGGGUUGAGCACCCAAUACGACGUGUACAACGUGGCAAUCCAAGCCAUCUUGCACUGCAUUCUCACCGUGAGUGCCGUGAGCAUUUGGCGCGUGGAAGGCCAUCGAAAGCUCCCCCCGUCAACUCAAGUACACGUCUUGGGGGCGUGUGACAUCCCCCUGGACCGCAUCGCUCCGUUUGUGAAUGCAUACGACAAAGGCAUCAAACGCAUGCAAUUGUACAAGGAACACGGAGGCGGUAAACCGUCGAUGCUGCGCGGCAACAUCACGCGCAUUGGCAGCAUGACGGAUCGUUCUCCUUCUUCUAGCGAUGCGGUGGCUCCAUUCAUAGUUACUUGGUCUGACCAGUCUACUGAAGAGCUGUCGUGGCCACAACUGCAACAACUUCUCCCCGUCCGCCCCCUCAACACACAACACUUUCACUUGCAAAAGUUGCUCACUCGUUUGGAAUCACAGUCAGAUUUUGUGACGACUGUCGACGGCGACGUGCCGUCCCAGUGGCUGCACACGUUCUUCGACAACGACGCCGACAAGUUCACGUACGUGCUCGACUUGACGUUCCAGCCGGCGACCCCCUCGCCUCGUGAGCAUGCGUUGUACUUUGUGUCCCAGUUGAUUCUACCCACGAUGGAGGAAGCGUUGGUGUGCGUCCGGGGCCGCCAGCGCCGCACCGCUGCCCGCGCCCACUCAAUGAAAGUUAUGCGCAAGGCCAUUGCUCAGCUGAGCAUGUCGCCGUCCAGCGACGCGUUGCGGUCAGUCAUGGACCUGGUGACCGCGAUUGCGGCGGAGGUCGUGUCCUGCUUACCUGGCGUGGAAGUUGGCGUCGCGGAACUACAGCCGGGCGGCACCUCAGUUCAGUUUACGUUUGGGUUUAACGGGUGUACGCUGGCAGAGUCACACACGACCAUAGGUCGCGGCGUGGCCGUUUCGUGUUUGCAACCCCCACGUCCGGUGAUCGUCCGUUCGUUGGAGGGGGAGAGCGACGCAGCUGGCCUCCGGUGCUUUAACCACGACCAAACCUCCUGCCUCGACGACGAGCUGCUGCCACUCGUUUUCUUGCCCAUGGUGCACGAAGACUCGCUUGUGGGCCUUGUGUCUAUUCGACGGUUUGUGGACGUUGAGAAGGGCCGCUCGGACGAACUGCAUCCGGAAUGGGGCGUCGUUCCGUUCCUCGAAUGCGCCGCCAAAUGCCUCGCAGCUGUCUUGCGCGUGAAACGGCGGGCGUACGCGUUGUAUCAGUUGGAAGCGAUGGCCCACAAUGCGUUCGUGUCCCCGCUUCAUCUGUAUGUAGCUACGAUGCAUACGAUGACAGCGUGCUUUGUGGGGCUGCUCAAGCCCAAACUGGUGGCAUUUGAUAAGCCAUUGGGCCAUGUGUCAACCGUCCUCGACUGUCCUUUCGACUUGGACCCCCUCAACGUGCAGUACGUCGAUGCCCUGCGCGACGUGCGAUACCCCGAAACCCUUCUACACACGUUCCAGCGGUACUUUAACCUGGACGACGGAACCAUGCAGGAUGUCAUGGACAGGCUACAAACACCAGCAUCGUCGCCCGUCUUGACUGGCCACACCGCAACGCUGUGCGACCGGUCGCUGGCUGUACCGAUCGACCAGAAACUUCACAAAACCAUAGACGCGGCGUUCAAAAUCGUGUUUGGCCACCAGGUAUAUGUCCAGUCGUGGGUCCCCGCCCUGUGCACCUCGACAACUCUCGUGGCGCUGACGUACACGACGACGCCUGAGUGGCUGUGUCACUCCGACGGCCGCUUUCUCGACACGUUGGCACACACUCUCAAUGGGCUGUUGACCAUCGUACAAGGCCGGUACGACCGAGUGCGCGAACGGGUGGCGGCGCUGGCAGCGUUCCAAGUGCAAUGUCGACUAGUCGGGGCGGUGAACGUGCCCCUGGCGUCCGUCCUCGCCGAACUGGAAGCGGAAAUUCGACCCGAUGUCCAAACAUGGGCCGUCGAGUCCAUCGCCACAACAUUGACCGGGGCGAAUGUGUACAUUGGCAUGGUAGAGCCCCCCGCAAAGCGGAUUACGUACACAUGUGCGUCGAGUAGGAGUCACAUGGUGGGCAAACACUUGAAAAUGGGCAAAGGCGUGAGUUUUCACUGCAUUGAAUCCCGCGCCCCCGUUGUAAUGAUCAAUCAACACGACAUCACCACUAUCGGGAAGCAUAAACUUCGGCAUUUUGGGGACCCCAAAGCCUUCCAAUGGCCGUUCAUAGCUGUUCCCAUUGGCACUCUGGGCGUGUUAGCCGUGGACAACUUGACCGAGUACGGAGAAUCCCCCGCCCCCGAAAUGGGCAUUGUCGACUUUCUCGUGCGGAUGGCGGCCGAGAUAGACACCAUCGUGCGAUCGAGUCGCGCCCAAACGCUCGGGUUCCGAGCCCAAUUGCGCGACCGAGCCAUCCAUGACAUGAUGAUCGUGUGCGACAACGGCCGCCAUUCCGAGUGGCAUGUACUACAGCGACUGUUGGACGUGGUGGCUGCCACGUUUUCCGGUGUGAGUGCGUACGUGGGGCUGGUGGCGCCAUGGUGCUCGUCCAUGGACUUUUCGCUCGCCACGACAUCCAGCUCCAUGCAAGGCAAGACGAUCAACAUGACGACGUCGGUGAGUGCCGCAUGCUUCCGAAGCCAGCACCCCGUGGUCGUCCCCGACGUUGCCAAAAACCCCAACGGUCUGCAUUGCUUUGAUCCGACUCAAACGGGAGUGUACGUGGCCGUGCCGAUUCCGUACGUGGGAGUGCUAGCCGUAGACACGUUUCCUGGACCUGCGGGGGGGAAGUACAUGACCAACGUCCCAGAGCCGGGCGUCGUCGCGUGCUUGUCGUCGCUGUCCAACUCGGUAGGGGCGCACAUUCAAGCCAAGCGACUAUGGGGGCUUACCAAUGCGAUCAAAGGCCUUUUUCACGGCAACUCUUCUACCUUUGCCGUGCUUUUCAACGCCGUCGCGACGUUGGUCGCGUUUGCACUACCCGCGACCAUCCGCAUCGACGUAUGGUACACUUACGCCAACCAUGCACCAGAAGUCAAAUUCUCCAAAGCUAGCGACGUACACUCCUUGGCACUACCCAUGUCCGCAUCGUGGGCUGCCACGUACCCCAGUUGUACACACACCAAGGCGACACCAUUUGAGCUCAACGAGUCGACGUUAGUGUGUCCGUUUGAAAUGGUCGACCCGUCGCAUCCGUACCUCCAAACGCAUGCGUGGCUGGUGGUCACGCGCCUCCCAACUGUUCAGUGGGCGUACGACCUACAUGUUCUUGAGACGGUGCAGCCGCUGCUCUCCGAGUGCUUCCACUUGUCCAGUCAGCGCGCGGCCGCCGCCGUCGCCCGCGCCGAAUGCCUUGCGCGCAUGCACAUGGGAUUACAAGAUCUCGUACAGACGCGCAGUGACGUGGCGGAGUCCCAGCUGCGGUUAACACAAGACGCGUGGCUCAACUGGAUGGCGGACGCGCUUGGACGAGGGACCGACGUUUACUUGGGCCAACUGCAAGCCAACUACCAUCCACACCGUGGCGACUUCAACGACUUGUUGGUGUUUACGGCUGCAUCAUCUGACAGUCUCAUGCACGGCGUGCGGUUGUCCGACGAGUCGUUGUUUAGCUUUCAAUGCAUCCGGACCCAAGAACCAGUGGUGAUCAACCACUUGACCAACACCAGUCGCGCCGUGCGCUUUUGUACGGCGCGCAAGGCUAUUCGGGCGUAUUGCGCCCUCCCGCUGAGCACAUGUGGCAUGAUCGGCGUCGACAGCUUUGGCCCCACGGCGUUCAAUGUGAAAAAUGAACUUGAACCUGCCACGUUGCACUUUUUGAAGCAAUGCGCAUUGUGCCAUGUGGAGCUACUGGAGACCACACGAGUGGCUGUGAGUGUGGCCCACAUUCAAGCGGCGGCCACCGCCGUGUCGACAAAUAUGCCUUCGUGGCACGCGAUGCAGUGUCUGUACGCUCAGGUGUUGCUGGCCGUACAAACCAACGUCGGCUACGUGCAUUGUCAGCAAAUCGUGCGGUUGGCAGCCGACUUUACGGGGGAUUGCUCCAUCUUGUGCUGGCACAAAGCACCCACCCGACGACCGAUGCAACAUCUGCCCGUGCAUUUUUGCUACCGCCACCACUGUAUGCCGGCCCUUGUCGGCGACCACGUUCAUUUGGACGACUUGAUGCUGCCCAUGACCAACGUGCCCAGGACACUAGACGACGCGAGGAGUGCUGGCGCCCCCACCACGGGCCUGGAGCCCCGAGGGGCCUUCCCCUGCUUCGCCGGCAUGCUGGACAGUCUCUUUGUCGCCCCUCGCGUUGCCUUUUGUUUGUACCGCAAGCCCGGCCGCCCGUUCGCCCCGCGGGACGUCCGCUUUCUAAACGUUGUCAUGCACAUAGCUCAAGUGGCGUACGUGAAUAUGUACAAAGCGUUGGUCGUGCGUACGUUGGCCGCAGAAGCGCUGCAAUGGGCCAACGAUUUUGUGCAUGCCAAGGAGGGUAUGGUCGUGGUGUCUUCGUCGACUUCACCACUCAACCUGGCAUCGCCACCUCAAAAGCCUCGCGAGUUGUUUACUGUCAUGUUUGCCACCAACCCCGACAAGUUUCCUAUUGGAGUGGCCUUGAAAAAGACAUUAAAACGAACCCACCGCCUCGCGGCGUUGUCCGCCACGCCGGACGUGCAGUCUGCGAUGGUUUGCGUUUCGACCACCGCUGGCCCUGCUGCCGGCGUCAACACGCUGCCUGUGUCGACAAUUCCCCCGACAACCCCCUUGUCUGUCACGACUGCUACCAUUUCGACGCCAGUGUCAGGCCCAGUACCGCCGAAACCGACGAGCAGCAAAUUCACGAGUUUGUUUUCCAAAAAACAGGCUGCGAAAGACCACCUCGCCCAGAUCACGUCGCCAUCCCUUGCCGCGUCGUCGGCAGCUCCACCACGUCCUGUGAAUAAUAUGCCGCCAGUUCCUUCGCAGCACUGGGAGUGGACGUGCCGACUGCCAGCGACCCAAUAUUUGCUUCUAGAUAUCACGACGACCAAUGCCGUGCAUGUCGAGCAGUUUAUGAUGGAGGGCGAGACACUGGCAGACACGUGCCGGUUGAUUUACGACGCGUUUUGGGCCAACCCCCGGGGGGACGAGCCAUUCGUGGGCUACUUCUUGACGUCGUGGUGGCAUCAAAUCCACGUGGCCCUGGGGUCUGCCCGCCUUGCGAUCGAGCAGCAAGUGCGACUGUACUUGGACGCGGAAGUCGUUAACAAGUCGUCGUGUUCGGCCAACGCUAUCGCCAUCCUGAGUGGGGCGUUGCUAUGUUGUGGGUACAAGAACGACGAGUUUCAACGAUCGAAACGGGCGACACUGCAAUUGUUCCUUGCCAAGCAAGUCGCGUCUGAAUUGCAUUCGUUAGAUCCGUUCAAUCAAGCGACAAAGUCCACGGUCUGGACUGCAGCGUUUCGUAGUCGCGCAUUCUUCCUUGGUCAGAGUUUGCCCCCCCUAGAGCUGGCGCUCGACGUGUCGCCGGCGUUCCGGUCGUUGCUGAAUGCGACGCUGUUGCUUCAAGUCAUCUCCAAGUGGCUCAAGGCUGAUGCGGACAAAGAGAAAGCCGUUUGGACGCCGCUGAUCCUCGCUGCAACCCGUAUUCAAUGCCGCGCGCGAUGUCGGAUGGCGGUCGCCGAGGUGCGCCGACGCCGGCGGACGUACCAUGCCACCCUAGUGUUGCAGUGCUUUGUCCGCCAAACGCUGGCGCGAUGGCACGUCCAGGCCAGGCGCGAAGGGCGCGCGGCAAGUCGCAUCCAGCGGUGGUAUCGCAGGCGCCACGAGAAAAAGCCGGCCUUUGCCACCAAGGCGUUGUUGGUGCACAUGCGUGCGGUCCAAGCUCGGUUUGGACUGAACGAAGUGGGGACCGAUGGAGCUGAGUUCGGAGAGGCUGCCACGUUUGAGCAGUUUUUGCAUCACGGGGGAGGAAAGGGAAUGGUCCAUGCGGAAGUAAAGCGGCUGCUCCAAAAACUCAGAGACAUGGCCAAGGAGAGGGCCAGUUUGCCGUGGGAAGCCCGCGUCGACGAGGAAGUGCGCGACUUGUUUGAGUACUUUGAUUACGCCGGCGUGGGCUCGAUCUCCCGGGACGAUGCGAAAACAAUGAUGCAAAAGCUGCGCAUCCCCCUCCAAGUAGACGAGUUGAACGAUGUUGUGGACAUGAUGGACAGCGACAAGUCUGGCGACGUUGACGUGGGCGAGUUCUGCAGCUGGUACAAGUACGAGUACGCGCGACUGCGAGCUCGGUCCAAGGACUGCGGCACCCUGUCCAACACAGACAAGGAGUGGUUUGCACAAGGGAUGGCCAUGCGCUUUGUCAGGCAGCGUUCCGUCCCCGCCAGUAGCGGCCCCUCCAACGACCCCACCGCAGGAUGA